AUGCUCAAAGCCGGUUUAAUCCGCCACAGUAACAGCCCUUUCUCAUCACCAGUAUUGUUGGUAAAAAAGAAAGAGGGCACCUGGCGUUUUUGUAUUGAUUACAAAGCUCUCAACCAGGUAACUAUCAAAGACAAAUUCCCUAUUCCUAUUAUUGAUGAACUAUUGGAUGAACUACAUGGAGCUUCAUAUUUCUCUAAACUGGACCUGCGGUCAGGUUAUCAUCAAAUCAGGAUGAAAGAGGAGGAUAUUCCGAAAACUGCUUUUCGCACUCAUGAAGGCCACUAUGAGUUUCUUGUCAUGCCUUUUGGCCUCACAAACGCACCAUUCACCUUUCAAGCACUCAUGAACUCUGUCUUUCAUACAUACUUACGUAAAUUUGUGUUGGUGUUCUUUGAUGAUAUUCUAAUAUACAGUAACUCCUUUAUUGACCACCUUGCUCACCUUCAAGAAGUCUUUGAGCUCCUGCGAGCAAACCAAUUGCAGGUCAAAAUGUCCAAAUGCUCGUUUGGACAACGGUCUGUGGAUUAUCUAGGCCACACAAUCUCGGCAACUGGGGUUGGGGUUGACCGUAAGAAAAUCCAGUGUAUCGAGACUUGGCCGAAACCUGCCACCAUCAAAGGUCUAAGGGGAUUUCUCAGCCUCGCAGGGUACUAUCGGAAGUUUGUUAAGGACUUUGGCCUCAUCUCCAAACCCUUAACCGAUAUGUUGCGCAAGGAUGGCUUUGUAUGGUCCACAAAGGCAGAAAAAGCUUUUGAAACUCUCACAGAUGCUCUCACUACUACACCUAUUCUUGCUUUGCUUGACUUCAACAAAGACUUUGUAAUUGAAUGCAAUGCUUCUAACGGGGGCAUUGGUGCUAUCUUAUCACAAGACUGCCACCCAAUCGCUUAUCUUAGCAAGGCUCUUUCUACCAAGAACCGAAGUCCCUCCGUUUAUGACAAAGAAAUGAUGGCAAUAGUACAUGCUAUGGAACAAUGGAGACCUUAUCUGUUGGGUAGGAAGUUUAAGAUUCUCACAGACCAUCAAACCAUUCGGUAUUUUUUGGAGCAAAGAAUCACUACCACCACUCAAGAGAAAUCGCUGCUCAAACUCUUGGGUUAUAAUUAUGAGAUUGAGUAUAGAGCUGGGAAAAUAACGCAUGACCUAAUGCCUUGUCUCAUAAACAUGACCACUCAUCAACUCAUCUUGAAUGCUCAGUCUGUCUCCAAUCCCAAUUCUCACUUUACUUGGGUCAACAACCAUUUAUAUUACAAGGGCAGCUUGUAUGUACCAGCCACUGCUACGUGGCACGAUCAGAUCCUUGAAGAGUUUCACAAUACUCCUACUAUAGGACACUCCGGUUAUCUCCGAACAUACAAGAGAGUGCUAUGCACUUUUAGAUGGCCUGGUCUUAAAUCCGAUGUCAAGAAGUAUGUGGCCGCAUGUGAUACUUGUCAACGCAACAAAUACGAAUCUAUUAAGCCGCCUGGCUUACUACAGCCUUUCGCCAUUCCGGACUCCAUUUGGCAGGAUAUUGUGUUUGCUUUAAAUAUGAACAUAUAA